AUGACACCAGAGGAGAAAAAAGAGCUGCUCUUCAGUAAGACCAGUGAAGUUCCCAGUGAUAAUGAAGGGAAAUCUGAGUUACGUAGUCGCAGUUCUCUUUUAAUCUCACAAGCAGAAAAUAGAAGUAUAUUUAAUAUAAAGGCUUCAUCUGCUACUGAGAGAACCUGCUCCAUUCUGGGUGAAGAGGAUGAACCCAAGGUCCCUCCGCUCUUCACUGAAUUAGAUGAACUUAUUCCAAUUAAUGAGAAAGAAUUUCAUUGGAAAGAAACAACGAGGUGGAUAAAGUUUGAGGAAAAAAUAGAAGAAGGAGGUGAAAGAUGGAGCAAACCUCAUGUUGGCACAUUGUCUUUACACAGCUUGUUUGAACUACGUACCUGCAUCGAAAAGGGAACACUUCUGUUUGAUUUAGAAGCCAAAAAUUUUAAGGAGGUAUUAGAGAUCAUUGUCAACAAAGAAAUCAUAAAUGGCAAUCUUAGAAGUGAACUCAAGGAAAAAGUCACAUAUAUCCUUCUUAGGGGUCAUAAGCACCACACAAAAAAGUCCAGAAUACAGGUUAUGGUUGAUUUAGGGAGGAGAAUUUCCUGUACAAGUAAAUCUGCUCCCAUGAAUUAUAACAGAACUACAGAUAUUUCUAAUGAAAUCUCGGAGAAACCACUCCAGGAACAGCUGGAAAAUAAGUUCAAAAAGCACAUCCCGGAGGGUGCUGAAGCCAUUAAUGUGCUUGUAGGUGAAGUAGACUUUCUGGAUAAGCCAUUUGUUGCCUUUGUUCGACUAAAACAGGCAGUGAUCCUUGGGGCUCUUACAGAAGUGCCUCUGCCAACCAGAUUUCUCUUCAUUCUUCUGGGGCCAAUAGCAAAGGCAAUGAUUUAUCAUCAUAUUGGGAGAGCUGUUGGAAUUUUACUUACAGAUGAGUUAUUCCAUAUUGUGGCAUUCAAAGCAAAAGCAAGAGAAGACCUUCUAGUUGGAUUUGAUGAUUUCCUUGAUGAGGUAACUGUGCUUCCUCCCGGGAGGCUGGAUCCCACUUUACGGAUAGAACCACCGAAGCUACUUCCGUCAGUACACAAGAGAAAAUCUGCAUAUUCCCGUAGUUCUAAAUCUUGCAUUCACAAAGGAGGUCGUAUUCAUGAAGAGAGGUAUGGGAGUACUCUGCAUGUUGCUGAAGAUUUGAAGAAAACAGGAAAGUUUUUUGGGGGAUUUGUUAAUGAUAUCAAAAGAAAAGCACCAUGGUUUGCCAGUGACUUCUAUGAUGGUAUGAACCUUCAGUGCCUUUCAGCUAUUCUGUUCAUCUACUUGGCCAGUGUAACAAAUGUAAUUACAUUUGGAGGCAUAUUGGGAGACGCAACUGAUAAUAUGCAGGGAGUAGUGGAGAGCUUUCUCGGAACUGCAAUAGCUGGAGCAGUAUUUUGUCUCUUUGCUGGUCAACCAUUAACAAUUCUGGGCAGCACUGGCCCUGUGUUAGUCUUUGAGCGCCUUUUAUUCAACUUUAGCAGUGAUCAUAAGCUUGACUAUUUGGAGUUUCGUCUUUGGAUUGGACUAUGGACAGCAUUCUUUUGCCUCCUCCUGGUUGCCACUGAGGCCAGCUACCUAAUCCAAUACUUCACGCGUUUCACUGAGGAAGGCUUCUGCACGUUAAUCAGCUUCAUUUUCAUCCACGAUGCUUUUAAGAAAAUGUUUAUUUUGGCCAAGAAUUAUCCAAUCAAUUCUGAUUAUAAUGUUGACCAUGUUACACUAUAUCACUGCUCUUGUCUACCGUCUGAAACAGGUAAUGUUUCAAGUCUAUUUAACAAAACAACUGAGGCAAACUUUGAACUUGGCCCCGUCUCCUACAACAUAACUUUCGACUUGGAAUCUGGCAACUGGUCCUCACUGACAAAAAAGGAUUGUCUGAAGUUUGGAGGACAACUAGCUGGUGAAACCUGUGAUUAUAUUCCAGAUAUUGCACUGAUUUCUUUUAUUCUAUUCUUUGGAACAUUUGUUUGUUCCAUGUCACUGAAGAACUUUAAAACAAGCCGAUAUUUUCCAACUGCGGUCAGGAAGUUAAUCAGUGACUUUUCCAUAAUUUUGUCAAUACUGAUCUUCUGUGGAGUUGAUAUACUUGUUGGCGUGGACACCCCCAAACUCAUCGUGCCAAGUGAGCUCAAGCCAACAAAUCCAAGCAGAGGGUGGUUUGUGUAUCCAUUUGGAGCAAAUGAAUGGUGGAUAUGCCUCGUUGCGAUUGUGCCUGCUUUACUCGUCACAAUACUUGUGUUUAUGGAUCAGCAGAUUACUGCAGUCAUCUUGAACCGUAAAGAACAUAAGCUCAAGAAAGGUGCUGGCUUUCACCUAGACCUGUUCUGGAUAGCUCUUCUUUUGAUUCCUACUUCAUUCAUGGCUCUGCCCUGGUACGUGUCUGCAACUGUAAUAUCCCUUGCGCACAUAGACAGCUUGAAAAUGGAGACUGAAAAAUCUGCCCCUGGUAUAGAACCCACAUUUAUGGGAGUGAGGGAACAGAGAGUGAGUGGGCUGGUUAUUUUUAUUCUCAUUGGUUUAUCGCUCUUCCUGGCUCCAAUUCUUAAGUAUGUGCCCAUGCCAGUGCUGUAUGGAAUCUUUAUGUAUAUGGGUGUAUCUGCUCUCAGCAGCGUUCAGUUCAUGGAUAGACUGAAGCUGCUGUUGACACCUCCCAAUCACCAGCCUGAUUUAAUAUACUUGCGUCACGUCCCGCUGCGCCGUGUUCAUCUAUUCACAUUAAUCCAGUUCUUGUGUUUGGUUGUCUUAUGGGUUCUGAAAUCAACGGAUGCUGCAAUAAUCUUUCCAGUAAUGCUCCUGGCUUUGGUGGGGAUACGAAAGUCAAUGGAAUGCAUCUUCAGUAGACAUGACCUAAGCUGGCUUGAUGAUGUAAUGCCAGAGAGAGAGAGAAAAGAAAUGGAGGAAAAAAACCCAGAGAAGGAUAUUUCGAGUAUUGAAAGUGAAGAUUCUGAAUACCGAUAUCUACAAAAAGCACCUGACAUAAAUAUCUCCUUGAAUUGAAAGAAUAAAUGGAUAAUUCACUACUCGUGGUCAUGUUCCCAGUGAAAGAGACUUGGAAUGUCGAUGUCUAACAUUGGAUGGAGUUGCUGCAAGAAAUAAAAUGAAAUUGUUCUGAUCACAAAAUGGAAAGUUAUUAAUUUGUGAAAAAUAGUUACUCAUUGAUUGUUUUAAUUGAAAAGGAACCUUGAACAAGUUCAUCCACAUCAUUAACCACUUGGUCAUUGUUUUAAAACCAAGGUAUCUUUAACUGGGAUACCUACCCUUGCGUUAAAAUAUUUGAGUUUUUGUUUUCAUUGGUCAGUGAAAGUUACAGUAGUGAAGCAGUUUCAUUUGUAUCCUUGUUUACAGUCAUUUCAAUUAUAAAGGAAUCUUUGAAGUUGCAUUAGGAUUAGGUGAAAAGUUUACACAUCUUUCAGUCAAAAAGUUGGGAAGAAAAUGUUUAUUUAAAAGAACACUCAUGCCAUAUCUCUGAUAAUAAAUUUAUUGUGGCUGGGAGCUUUCAAGUACAAUAGAUUAAAAUACAUUUUAAUGAUGCCACUAGCAGGAGGACCUUCUCUCUCAUAAUUUUGCUGAUGCCAAUACUGAUGCUCUUUAAAACUGAAAUGGCAUUUCAUUCCAAUGAUUUCAUUCACAACAAAGUUGGAAUUUUUGGGGGCAAGUCUGCCUCAGUGCCCAUCUCAUUCCAAGAAAUGUUAAUUAUUUUUUACUAAUUCAUUUCUUGGCAUCUGAAUGUCACUGGUUUAUUACCUAUUCCAAGUUAUACUUAGUGGUAGUGAUCCUUUCUGGUAAAGAUAGUUCCACAUCUAGUCAAUAGUUCUAAAUGUUAUCCUAUUAGGGGUUCUGAAGAUGAAAAGCACUUGUUUCACAUAAUUUAAAUUUGUUGCUGUGUGUGGAAAAUUUUAAUUUUAAAAGGUGAAAGGAGAAUUUAUUGGAAUGUAUACUUAGUGCUCUUUUGCUCUGGGCCUAAGUUAGAAACCAAAGUGAAGGAGUCACCGUUGUCUUGCCACAUUUCCUGCAGGAGCAAGUUUAUGACAAUUUAAGACAGAUUAACACUGAAUUGACUUCCAAGUCAGUAGCUCUUCAAUGAACAAAAUGUAUGGUUUCAAAAUUAGAAAAAAAAAAUAACUGAAUGGCAAGUUAUUGUGAUUUUUAAAAAAAUUCAUAAUCUGAACCAAUAUAUGUCAUGACCAGUUCAUUGUGGCAAAGUUUCAAAUACUUAAGGAGAGAAAAAACAGGGAAAGAUCUCGUGUUUGAAAUGAUAAAAUUAAUAUAGAGAAAUGAUACACAGACCAUAUGUAAAUAAAAUACAACUACUUGAGUUUGUUAAAAUGGCAAUUUCUCAUUAGUACUGAAAAUAACAACUUGCAUUUAAGUUGCACCUUUAAUGUUACAAAAUACCCUGAAGCAAAACAGAAGAAUAUUAUCAAACAGUACUCGAUAUUGACUGUACUGGAACAUAUUAGGAUAAAUUUUGAUUCAAAGGAUAUGUUGUAAGGAGCAUCUUAAAUGAAAAAAAUAUAGAAGAGAGGAUAAGUAUUGAAUUAGUGCAAAAGGAUGUUUGAUAGGUACGAGUACCAUAGGCUGAAAUACCUGUUUGAAUGCUAUAACUCUGACUCUAAGGUAUACAGUGGGGAAGUCAUAUCGACACCUGAAGGUAUAUUUGAUGAGAUUAUACUCAAUAAUGGAGGUCAGUAGAACACUGAAAUACUAACAAGGGAGGGAGCUGUUAUUCAAUUUGAACAAGAUCCAGACAUUUUAAGAAUGGCAUCUAAAUGGCAUACAUUUACCAAGGUGUUACAAAGGAAGAGGAACUUGCAUAUAAAGAGAGUUUGACUUAAGACUUUUAAAACCUCUACUUGUAAAGGUUUUAGAAGUAAAUAAGGACCAUAAGAAAACA